GCAGGGAAGGGGCCACCAUGGGAUGUACUCUGAGCGCAGAGGAGAGAGCCGCCCUCGAGCGGAGCAAGGCGAUUGAGAAAAACCUCAAAGAAGAUGGCAUCAGCGCCGCCAAAGACGUGAAAUUACUCCUGCUGGGGGCUGGAGAAUCAGGAAAAAGCACCAUUGUGAAGCAGAUGAAGAUCAUCCAUGAAGAUGGCUUCUCUGGAGAAGACGUAAAGCAGUACAAGCCUGUUGUCUACAGCAACACCAUCCAGUCUCUGGCAGCCAUUGUCCGGGCCAUGGAUACUUUGGGCGUGGAGUAUGGUGACAAGGAGAGGAAGGCGGACUCCAAGAUGGUGUGUGAUGUGGUGAGUCGUAUGGAAGACACUGAACCGUUCUCUGCAGAACUUCUUUCGGCCAUGAUGCGACUCUGGGGCGACUCAGGGAUCCAGGAGUGCUUCAACCGAUCUCGGGAGUAUCAGCUCAAUGACUCUGCCAAAUACUACCUGGACAGCCUGGAUCGGAUUGGAGCCGCUGACUACCAGCCUACCGAGCAGGACAUCCUCCGAACCAGGGUCAAAACAACUGGCAUCGUAGAAACCCACUUCACCUUCAAGAACCUCCACUUCAGGCUGUUUGAUGUUGGGGGCCAGCGAUCUGAACGUAAGAAGUGGAUCCACUGCUUUGAGGAUGUCACGGCCAUCAUCUUCUGUGUCGCACUCAGCGGCUAUGACCAGGUGCUCCACGAGGACGAAACCACGAACCGCAUGCAUGAGUCACUGAAGCUUUUUGACAGCAUCUGCAACAACAAGUGGUUCACAGACACCUCCAUCAUCCUGUUUCUCAACAAGAAGGACAUAUUUGAGGAGAAGAUCAAGAAGUCCCCACUCACCAUCUGCUUCCCUGAAUACACAGGCCCCAGUGCCUUCACAGAAGCUGUGGCUCAUAUCCAAGGGCAGUAUGAGAGUAAGAAUAAGUCAGCUCACAAGGAGGUCUACAGCCAUGUCACCUGUGCCACGGACACCAACAACAUCCAGUUCGUCUUUGAUGCCGUGACAGAUGUCAUCAUUGCCAAAAACCUACGGGGCUGUGGACUCUACUGAGCCCUGGCCCUACCCAGCCUGCCACCCACUCCUCCCCUGGACCCAGAGCUCUGCCACUGCUCAGAUGCCCUGUUCACUGAAGAAAAGCCUGGAGGCUGGCCUGGAGGGGGCAGGAGGAGGCAUCCUUUUAGCAUCCCCACUCUACCCAACUCCAGCUGCAUGACAUGUGGGAACAGGGUUGGACAGAGGUGUGGAGCACCACACCACAAGGCCAGAGACCACUGCAUGCCACGUGGGUGCUGCUCACUGGUCAGCUGUGUCUCUUACUCAGAGGCCAAGUGGGUAACACUGCCAUUUGGUUCAGAAUGGGCAUGUCCUGUUCUCUGUACCUCCUAUUCAGUGACCUGGUGUCUCUUCCACCUUGGUGAUAGGAUGGCCGGCAGGAUGGCCCCGUGGCAGGUGCUGCUUGAUUAGAGGAUAGUCGAUGCCAUCUCUCAGCUUUCCAUGGGGUCUGUUUGGUAGAGUGCAGUUCCGUCAACAAAAGCCAACAUGGAGUUGGGCCACUUUGGGGGUGCAAAGACUCAGACUUUGGGGAGGGGUUCUCUCCUCCUUCACCUUGGUCAUCUUCCCUUACCUUUGUGCUCCCCAGGAUACUCAGCCCUGACUCCCAUGGGGUUGGGACUAUUCCUUAAGACUGGCUGACUGCAAAGGUGCAUUGAUGGAGGAACAGUCCUGUGCUACAGAAUUGGAGGUGGGGGGCUGAGAGGGGAGGCAGCUCUUUCCUGGUAGGCUAAUGACAAGCCCUGAGAAUGCCAUCUGCUGGCUCUACUCACAUGGGCUUAACUGUCCUGGGUGGUAGUAAAUAGACAAGCUACAGGCUUCAGGUCACAGAGAGAGCAGGCAGCAGUCUUGCAACUGCAGAUUAUUUAGGCAGAAACAUAAGAACCUUAUGAGCCAGGCCCUGAAGUCAAUGCCCUGCUUUACUCCACCCUUGGUCAGGAAGUAGGAAGCCCUUGGUAUAUUCCUGGUCUCAGGGCAAACAAUGAGCUAGCACCCUGAAGGGUGAGCUCAGUAUAAACCAACUCAGACAUACAGCCAGCCCCCUAGAUAGGUAAAAGUUCUAGGAACCUAGGGAGGGGCUUUGCUGCAGAGAUUCUUAAGCAAAAAGGUGUGGUGUAGCUAGCCUCAGCUGACUUUGGACAGUCAGCAUAUGUCCCUGCCAUUCCUAGACAUCUCCAGUCAGCUGGUACCACAGCCAGUGGUUCAGGUUUGAAUGCUCGUGUGGCAGGCUUGACCGAUGCAGAUGUGCCCCCAGGCAGUCAGCAAAGGUCUAUGAGUCUCUUGCUGUCCUCAAGCCCUGUAUUUUCCUGGCCUCCACUCUGAGCCCUGCUCUGUCACACGGCAGGGAAGACCCUGACCCUCUUUCAUAGUCCCUGUGACCUUGCCACCAGCUCUGGACCUUUUGGUUCCAACAAGAACAGAACUCUGGGUGGUCUAAGGAGACAUGGGGACCUUCCCCAGUGCCAAAUGCUCGUAAGGUUUCUCUGGGAAUUCACUCCCCGUCUGGGUGAUCCUCUGGGGAGCCCACCCCAGUCUGGCUGCCUUGCCCUUCCCCCUCUACCCAUAUUUGCCUCUGCUGUGUGCAUCUCCAUUGUUUUAGGACCCUGUGUCAUAUACUAGGGGGUGACAAAGCACAGCCUGUAGACCAUGGUCUCAGUGACCUGCUGUGAUGGUGAAGGCCUGUCCUUGGGCCAACAGCAGUUAUUUGUCAGCAGCACCCCUGUGUGUGGCCACCUGUGUCUACAGGCUGUAACCCCAAGUUUAAAAGCACCUGCUGUCAAGGGAUGUUGUCCAAGCCCCAUCUUUUAAGACCAUUUCUAGGAAGGUAGAAGUCACCACCCCUAGCCAUCCCCCUAUGGCUCCCAUUCUCCAAGUAGCCCCUCCAAAUCACUGCAGCACAGUUGCCAGAGCCCUCAGCUAGAAUCAGGGCCUGUACCCAACCUCCCCACUCCUAUCCCCAAGGCUGCCUCCUGCUCAACCGACUGUGUUCAGCCUAGUGCCAUGCACCACUCUCAGCCUUCCAAGGUAGGGAAGUUUCGGGCUGUUCACUGUAAGCCUUCAAGAGCAUGGCCCAUAGGGAAAGCUGUCCUGUCUCCCAUCCAUAUCAUCACCAGCAACUCUACCAUGGAGGGACAAAUGUGUGUGACAGAUGAAUCUUGGCUCCGCCGUGGCUUUGGGUAUGGGGAAAGUGUUGAAAGUGACCAGAUCAGGGGAAUGGCCCUUAUGUGCAGUGGCCGUGUCCCCAGAGGGGCCAUGCUAUGGUUUCUGAGCAGUCUAACUCAGGCUAGGAGCCAGUUUCCAGGAAGAGUGCCUUCACCAUAUUCGUGGAACCGUGCCUGUUGCCUAGGUGCCUGUGGGCAAAUCCUGUGCCCUGUGCCAAUGUCCAUUCCAAGAAUCUUCCCUUUAAGCAUAGGUAGAGGCCCCUGAGCUGGUGGACUCUGGGCUGAGCUGUGGAGGGUGCUAGUGGACUCUGGUUUGGCGAUGAGGAUGGACCCCCCACCCCCAGUCUGAGCUACUCAUUAGUGGUACUGGCCUUCAGCCUCUUGCAAUCUCUUCUGUGGAUGGAGCCCCUAGAUCCUGGUGUCCUGUCCCAUCCCCUCUUGGACCAUGCAGAACACCUCCAUCAUCUCAGCCUCGUAGCCCAGGCCCAUACCCUGCUGUUGGGAACUGGAGGCAUCUGACCUGUGUGGUCUGUCCUGGAUGUCACUGAGUGCCCUGUUCAACUCCAUACCCAGGCUCUCCACAGUGAAGGUUGGCAGUGCUUCAUGCCAGCCCUUGUCCUCUGCAGAAAGUACUGCUACAAGAGAUGUACCCAUGGUUCCCAUGUACUACAUGCUGUAUGUAGCCAGUGACCUGAGGACAGGGUUUACUCUCCUGACCCUCUCCUCGUCUCCAUCUCACCCAGCCUGUUGUCAUGGAGAUCUCUCACACCCAGGAGACUCCUGAACCCUCCAGAUCUUCCCUUCUGACCCAGUAGUAGCUUGCCGCACUCUUCUGAAGAUCCUGGGGGUGGGCAUAGAGCAUCUUCUAGCUGCCACCCCUUUUUUCUGGGCCUCCUGGUAAGCUCCGGGUAUAGCCCCACAGCUCUCAGGAACCCAGUCCUGAGGCUCCACCUCCAUUGUAUCUGAGCUACUGGAGGCAAGCACCGUCCAGGCUGUUGAUCCCACCAAGCUACAAGCUAAAGAAAGUUCCAGCAUCCCAAAGACCUGGCUUCCCACCCCCCAGCGCUCAGUAAGGAGAGCCUUGUAGGCAUCUGCUUAGAAAGCGGUGCUCAGGCUCACAGAUGCUCCCCCAUACUAGAUGAUGGCCAUGUCAAGGAGGGAACAGGUAGAAGAAAACAAGAAAUAAUGGCCCCUAUCCAAAGUCUUGGGCCCUCUAGGCAGAGUGCAGUGCCCUAUGACAGGCAGCUUUCUUCUCUUCCCCAGGAACAAAAGGCUACCAGCAGAAACAGUACCUUUCCCAGAAGCCCUCUGGCACCCCCCUUUCCUCUCCCCUUAGCAACCUGCACCAGCCACAGUUGCCUGCCCAGCAUAGACAGCAGCCCUCCAUUUCCUGGUGUUCUCCCUGACUUCUGACUUGACCCCUGUGCCUGAUAUGCACGCACCCUCAAGUCCCAGGCCAAAGGCUGGGCACCCCACGUUCCCCUUAGCAGAGCCUUCUUAGGUGCACCAGCCCCAUCUCUUGACCCAUCGCCAUCACCUACCCUCAUUAACUGUAAUUUUGUAAGAAGAGUGACUUGCUAGUUAAUAAAUUCCUAGUUAUUGUAAUAAUUUAUUGGCUGCCAUAAUGUAUUUAUUAGUCACCCACCAUUAAUAAAAAGUGCCAGCUCUUUCUAG